CUGGAGGGAUGAGUAUCUUUAACAAGACUUAGGAGGAGGAAGAAGGCACUGCAGGAAUUUUAAGACGCUUUUACUUUCCCUCUUUCUUUGUUUCUGUCCUGUGAAGAAAAGUCCUUCAGGUUGCACCGACUCUCCUCCAGGAGGGAAAAGGUGUCCAGCAUGUCCCUGAACCGGAGCGUCUCGGACGGACAGGUCUUCUGCCCUCAGCUGCAGCUGAUGAGAGACCAUGCCCUCAACAACAACACCCGGGUCAACCUGGCCAUGGUGUGCGUCCACGGUUUGGUCUCCUGCCUGGGCAUCCUGGAGAACGCCCUCAUCAUCUGGGUGGUGGGCUUCCGGCUGCGGAGCCGCACCGUGGCCUCCGUCUGGGUGCUGAACCUGGCGCUGUCGGACUUCCUGGCCACCCUGACGCUCCCCCUCUUCACCUUCUACCUGGCCUCGCUGCACAGCUGGGAGCUGGGCGAGCCGCUCUGCAAGGCGCAGGCCUCCGUCUUUUUCCUCAACAUGUUUGUGUCGGCCUUCCUGCUGGCCGCCAUCUCUCUGGACCGCCUUCUCCUGGUGGCGAAGCCGGUGUGGAGCCAGAACCAUCGCUCGGUGGCCGGAGCGUGGAAGGUGUGUGCCGCCGGCUGGAUUUGGGCCGUGGUCAACACCUUACCGUACUACGUGUUCCGCUCGGUGACGGAGAAGCGGGACGGCAGGAAGCUGUGCUACCAUGACUUUGCUUUGUAUUUGUCCGACGUCGCCGCGCUGGAGAGAACCUGCAACGCGAGGCAGACUUCCACGGCCGUGUCUAAGCUGCUGCUCGCCUUCCUGUUCCCCCUGGUGGUGAUCGCAGGGAGCUACAUCAAGAUCGGCCUGAGCCUGAGGACCCGGGACAGGCGGAGGAAGCAGAGCACCGUCAGGAUAACCGACGCAUCUAUCAUAUCAAGCAAAAAUGGAGAGUCGGGAAAUGUCCAGACAAGCACAAAAAGUACAAAUUUCUUCCUGAAGCUCCCGUCCUCCAAGUUACCUUCAACCCCGACCGAGAAGAAACUGUCCCCCACCACCUCCGCUCAGACGAGCCUGAGCCCGCUCUCCCAGAGUUUCACCAAGAUGGUGACAUCCGUGAUCGCGGCCUUCGCUCUGUGCUGGGCUCCUUACCACAUCUUCUGCAUGAUCGAAGUCACAGCGCAGUACCAGAAAGACAAUCUGAAGCUGGUGGAGGUGGGCCUGCCGCUGGCGACCACCAUCGCCUUCCUCAACCCGGUGCUGAACCCCAUCCUGUACGCCUUCAGCUGCCCGCACUUCUGCGUCAGGAUCCGGCAGAGCCUGGGCGCGGUGUUCGACGGGCUGGUGGAGGAAGGCGGCGGGCUGCUCAUGGUCCCGGGGAAAAGCAUCAGGGCUCACAUCCGCCGCAGGAGCAGCCGAGACGUCGAGCUCGCGGUGCCCGGGUCGCCCAAAGCCGCCUCACCCUGUCCGUCGCCAGACCACCGUCCUCCACCGUCGUCACCUCUGCUCCCCAGAGACCCGGAAACAGAGCAAACUCCACAGGACUCCAGUAAAGAGAUGGAGCAAUGUUGAACAGCCUUAUAUACAUGAUACCACAGAAUCCCACCGGCUGAAACUGGACCUUCGCUCUGAUUCAGACAUCCCAAAAAUGACUGUUUGAAUUUUCGUACAGACAUUUGUGUGUUCGGUCUACAGCGUGUUUAUUCUCUUCUGUUGUUUUAUUUAUUGACUGUUCUUUCAGUGUGAGACGAGGCAGGAAACAGACCUGUGCUGGCUCCGGUCCCACCGCUCUCACUCAGCAGACUGUAAGUGUGGAAAAAUCAGCCCAGAGGAGACGAACAUUUCAACAUGACGUGCGUUUUCGCCCCGUCAUGACUCAGGUUACUGCCAGCAGUGACGAUCAUUCAGGCUGUAAACGUCGUGAGCACAAAGUCAGUCAGCAGCUUUCCAGGCACUGGAAUGAAAUUAAAGACCAUCAUUUCAUGACGAACCCAACUCACACCCAUGAUCUGGAAGAUUGAUCCUGACUCUUCCUCAGUCCCAUCAUUAUUUAAACAUUUAAUUUAGUCUUUUUAUGUUUCUCUCUAUGGCAUGUCAUUGGCAUGGUUCUGUCUCUAACCGGGACGUGAACAUUGUUAAAACUGCAGAAAAAUGUCUAAAAGAUACAAACCCGAGUGAAAUUUUAUUUUGUACUUUGCAUUUUGUGCAGAGUAACUUGUAUUGUCUUGAUGGACAUCAACCACUGAGGACAUGCUAAUCGUCGAUAUAGACACUAUAAGUGUGUUUGCUUGCUAAUUUUAGGAUUUCAGCGCAAAUCUGCAAAGCCUCUUUUUUUUUGUUGGGUUAUUUUGGUCAGUCUGACGACGUGUCAGUGGUAAUAAAUGAGAACGGUGUCAGAGUGAACUGUUUUUUUUUUUUUCAUUUCUCAGCCUUUUCUCUUGUUCAUUAUGUUUAAUUCAUCUCAAUAAAUCAAGUUUUCCACCCCACCAAAUUCUGCAAUCAGUCAUUAGAAAACAAUGUAUUGGAUAAAAAUCAGGAUUAAGAUGAUAUAUAAUUCAUAUUUUAUAAUAUAAUAUUAAAUUCAAGUUAAAUGCAAAUCAUAUCUUGAUGAACAACAAUCUACAUUGCUGUCAAUAAGUAGAAUUAUGAGAAUUUAUUUUUAUAUGAAAUAUUUUAAUUAACACCUCUAAGCUUAAAUUCAAGUUAAAUGAUAACCUGUAUAAUUUCUCAUCAAUAAACUGCAGUAUUUACACCGACAAAGACAAUAAUAACUAUACUUUUAAUGCAUAAAGUGUGUAUAGAUGCUUUUGCAUGAUGAUCCCAUAUCUGAAAAACAGAUCGUGCAUCAAUAAUGUUAGAACUAAUAGAAAUACAAAAAGAACUAUUUGCCUGAAUAUACAUUUAGGUUAAGAUUGUACAAAUAUUCUGAUAUUCAAUAUUGAAUUAUUUUUAAUUAUUACCAAGAAAAAUGCACAAUAAUGAGAAUUUAGAAAUAAAUAUGUUACUGCAAAUAAAUAUGUUAAAUAAA